AGUGACCCUGCUCGCUCUGCUUUUCUCUUACAGUUUGCUCAGAUCAAGUUUUGCUCUUCUGGGUUUUUACUGUCGAGUCACACUAGUGACCGAAGAAGGAAACCUCGGUGAAAAGUUGACGAAUGCUGUGAGGACAGCAAUGGAGACCACAGACCAAGUCACUGAGGGUUCCCCUCUGAAGUCGACAGAAGAGGAGGCAGGAACGAUCACAGCAUCGUCAGAAGCAGAACUCAAGAAGAAAAGUUGCAAGGAAGUCUUGGGUUUUUCUAAAAUGACCCACUGGAGAACAGGGGUCUUCUUCCUCUCCCUCUUCCUCUGCCUCACCGUAGUGUUUGCCUUCUCCUUCAUCAUCCCCUGCCCUGAAAGACCCCAGUAUAAUAUUUCCUGGAGCAGAAAUUUCUCUGAAGCAGCAACAUACGACUUCCUUGCUAUUGACAAUGCGAACAGCGACAAGGUGAUGGAUGUCCUUUUUGUCCUGAAAAGCGCAGAAAUUUCUCCAAACAAAACAUGUGUUGAUGCAGGCUUGCCUUCCCCGUGUCUGUUCAUGGUGGCGCUGGACGGCACAAAAGGACAGACGCUGUGGGAGAAGCCGCUGAAUGCGGGGUUCCACUGGGCCCAGUGUGGCCUGCAAACACAGACCUGGCAUUGUCUGUUGUCCCAUUCAGACACCCUGACAGCUAUAGACAAAAACACUGGUAAUAUGAUCUGGCAGCAGCUUCAGCCUACUGGCCUCUUGAGCUCCCUUCCUGUCCUCAGCGUCCCAGAUCUGGAUGGGGAUGAUGUCAGCGACGUGGUGCUGGUGGCGUCAGACGACACGCAGACUCAGCUGAUAUUGCUCUCUGGAAAGACUGGAGCUCAGAUCGGUUCCACUGUGAUCAUUGACUCCUUUGCUGCUAAUGAUCAUCUUCUCCACCAAAUUAAAGACGGUUCCUACUAUGUGCUGUUACAGAAUGCCUCUGGGUUGUACGCACUGGCUCUGUGGAGGAUUGCGGCCAAAGCCAAGGUAGAGCCCGAGCCGAGUCUGAAGAAGAGCACGGUCUUUGAGAAAAACGCCAGCGCCACAACCGGCCUCGUACCCAUCUCCCAGUCUAAGGGAGGACGUUUGCUCAGAUUUAUGGACUCAGACGUUUCCUCAGACCUUGUUGUUUCGUCUGACAGCGAGGUAACUGUAUUUGAUGGGAGCUCUUUAGAGGAAAGAUGGAAAUUCAGCACCACAUCAACCAUUGGAAAGCCCUCCUUCGGUCACUUUAACAAUGAUAAUGUCCUCGAUCUGGUGAUUGAAGACGAUGUCGGUAACUCCACUAAAAGGAUAACCAUCCUGGAUGGGCGGACCGGGGGUUUGCUGUGGGACAUCCACAGUUUGGCCAGCGCCAACUCACCCAGACCCGACGCUGUGCACACCACCAACUCCUUCUCUGUUUUUAUGUUUUGGGGCUUGGUUGCAUCAGAGUCCAACUCAUCUGAACCGUUAGGCCGUGACCGAUGCUCCUACAUGCUGUAUCCCCUCCGUCCCAACUAUCUGCUCGAAUGCACCAACAUCACAGACCACAUCGUGACAUUUAAAGCCACUCUGAUGGAGCGUGGACGUCACGCCGCCUAUUUCCUCCUGAUGGGCCCAGAGAAGGAAGGAACCCAAGGAACCGUGGUCCUUUUCAAGCAGAAGCUGAAGGAGGACGUUCACUCAUGCAGAGUGCUCCGUACGAAACCCAGCGGAGAGCCGCAUAGCGACGACGACAUCAAAGAAGUCUUUAACCGACUCCGCUUCAGCAGCGACUGGUGAAAAGGAACCCUGCUGUGUGUGGCUUUGUUUUUAUGUCUCUAAAAUAAAAGCAUUUACUCUAGUUUUUAGCUACUGAAAGCCAAAGAAAAUCAUUUUCUGAAGACACUGUUAAUUUUACUUUAACUUAAAUGUUCUUCCUGAAGUGGACAGAACAUUCAGGCUUAGAUGUCCAUUCAUGAUCCAAUCAAAAACUUUAAAAAGCUGCUGCUCUGCACAGAUUGCCCUAAACCUGCUAAAAAAAAAACACGUCUGCCUCCUCUGUGGUUAGUUAGUGAAACCAGGCAUCCUCAAAGAGGCUGAAAGCCUGGAGCUUCAUUUAGAUCUGUUAAAGUAACACUUAUUUUUAUCACAUUAGUUGUUUUUUCUCUGAUCACAGCAGCCUUAAAUGAGUCAUUAAAGGCUAAAACACUAAUUCAUCUGUUACGGAUAAACGGUAAAGGAACUGACCACAGUUGGGGAGCGGAAGUGUUUUUGAUGCUGCUGCAAAAUGAUACUUAAAAUCCAAAAAAACCACUAAGAAACCAUAUUUAUGUGAAAGUGUCAAAAACUUGUCAUUAAUGUUGGUUAUUUGCUGAAUCCAAGAUGCUGGAACUUUUUAGAUUUUUUGUUUUUGUUUUUUUGACCUAGUUCUGGUAUUAAAGUGAUGCUUAAUUAAGAUCUCGGCUCACAUCCGAUCUUAGACGAAGCCAAGCCUUUAAAAUCUGGGAAGCUGAGCUCCAGUAUUUUUCUAUUACAUAUUUAAAUACACAUUAAACUGUAAUUUACUUUUUCUGCUGUAAGGUUUCAGUCAGGUUUCUCCUCCCAGGGAAUAAAAUGAAUGCGUACGUAGACAGAAAAGGUGUGGCUGUAAAUGUAUAUAUUUUUCUUUAAUAUAUUGAGCUUUCUGAGCCGACCUAAUUGAGGCGACUUUUUGUAUUUGAUGAAAUGUUUGGAUUUGAGAAAUAACUUUUUUUUUUUUUUGU